AUGAAAGCCGCAGUAUUGCUUUUCGUGCUUUUGAAGAGCCUCAUCCACUACCCACAGCUCGUGGGUGAUGCUCAGGCUGAGGAAACACGUCUGCGCAUGGAAGCGCGUGCAAAGCAGCUGGAAUGGGAGAGGAUUCGGAUGGAGCGGGAGGCGGAGCAGCUCAUCCUCAAGCAGGUGCAGCAUGUGGAGCUCUUGCAGCUCUUAGCUGUUACUGUGCUCCUAAUUCUUGUCGUGGUCCUAUGGUUGAUGGGGUGCCAAAGGAGCCUGAGGAGAGAAGAGUAUGAAUACUAUAAGAAUAGGUCAAAUGAAGAGGAAGUCAGAAAUGGAGAUGCAAAUGUGGAAGUCAGUAUUGGAAACGCAGAAGAAGAUGAUGCGAAUCGGGAGGAAGGUAACAAUGAUGACGGAAAUGUAGAGGAAGUCGGCAAUGUUGCUGCAAAUGGAGAAGAUAAUGUUGAAAACAGAGUUGUCAAUGGGUCUGCAAAUGAAGAAAACAAUGACCUUGCAGUCUAUGAAAGACACAAUGAUUUUGACGAUAACUUUGGUAGAAUUCUACUGGAACGCAUACAGUGGCCUGUACAGGACCUGCAGGCGGGCUGUGCGUGGACAAUGAACCUCAUGGAUGCUUAUGCACAUUACUUUGGACACGUCUUAUCCAACAGCUUCUACCCAGUCCUGCAAAGAGCCAUCGGGGUGGGCAGCGCCUUCGAAGGCUGGAGUCCCCGAGAGCAGGAUGUUGUGUACCAGGUGCUCAUACCCAUGACUCCUCCCCAAGGCCACAGCUUCCACCUGGAGCUGGACUCUGCAGAGCAGAGGCAGGGGAGGAACUUCCGUGUCCGCGUGCAGCUGGAGUGCACCUGCAGCAAGGAGCAGCAGGCUGAGAACAUGCUGUGCUUCCUGCACCACCCCGAGGAGGAGCUGAGGAGCAAUCAGGAUCCCAGCCUCCUGGACACCCUGUGCACCAACUCCUACCUGGAUGUGCAGAAAACUGCCCGCUGGUUCUACCAGCUGGUGAGAGCCAUCUGGCCAGCUUUGCCUCAGUCACACAACUGGCAUUUAAAGCUGCUGCCCUCCAGACGCUCCUGCCAAUUCCAGGUGACCAAUGGCAUAGAAGUCUACAGGAUUGAGAUACUGUUUGGGGUCCAGAGAGGUGACUCCGACAUCUUUGUGAGCAGCGAGCCUAGAGAGGCCCACACCCAAAACACAACCUGGCCUGAGAGCUAUGCUGUGGCAGAGAUGAAGUUCUUCCAGCACAUCGCCAGACAGGCACCUCCUGACAGUGUGCACCUGAGAUGCCUGCAGUUCUUCACCCGUCUUGUGCUGGGCUUCUGCUUUCCCACCUACACCAUGAAGACUCUUGUCAUGCACCUGCUCAAUGCGGUGCCUGUGUCACAGUGGCGCAGGAGAGAUUUGCUGCAGAGGCUGCUGGAUAUCAGCGAUAGCCUGUGCUUAUGUGUGCUAGCAAAACGCCUCAACCACUUCUUUGUCGGGAACCAGAGGCUGCCUCAGGACAUCCGUUUACCCCCAGAUGUUCAAAUGGCUCGGCCAUACAAUCUCUUCUAUCGCCUGGCAGAGGAACCAGCGGCACACAACCAGGCCAUUAAUGAGUACCGGGCCUUGCGAAGGUGGUUCAAAAGAAUCAUUCUUAGUAGAAACUGA